AUGUCCAAAGAUGCCCCAAACAAUGCGAAACCCACCGAGAAGGAGGUCAUCGACGCCGGAUUGAGGAGUUUAGAUCACUACAAAAGAGCCCUUCCGAAAUGGCGAUACAACCUCCGCCAGCGUAUGCUACCCCUCGUGCGGUGGGAAACGCCGUAUCUCGCCUAUUUCCAGGACAAGGCGCGCACCCCCGCCCUCGACAGCUACUUCGCGAUCACCGCCAAUCUCGGCACACACACCUUCUUCAUGAUCGGGCUGCCCAUUCUCUUCUGGUGCGGCUUCUCGUCGUUCGGCAAGGGCCUGGUGCACAUUCUUGCUGAGGGCGUCUUCUUCUCGGGGUGGAUCAAGGACAUGGUAUCGCUACCCAGGCCGUUAUCCCCUCCGCUACACCGGAUCACGAUGUCGGGCUCCGUGGCCCUCGAAUAUGGCUUUCCAUCUACACACUCGGCGAAUGCGGUAUCGGUGGCCGUAUAUGCCGUGCUGUGUCUGCGCUCGGCGGACAACCCUUUCUCGCCAACAACCAAGAUCCUUCUCGAGUCGUUGGGCUACUUCUAUACGCUUUCGAUUAUCAUUGGACGUCUAUACUGUGGUAUGCAUGGCUUUCUCGACGUCUUUGUCGGCUCACUUAUGGGGGCUAUCAUUUCUCUUGUGGAAUUCUACUAUGGUCCUGCGCUGGACCUCUACAUGCACGAGAGCGGCUGGUCUGCACCGAUAAUCGCUGCUCUGGUCAUCAUCGUUCUCGUGCGCGUUCACCCCGAGCCGGUAGACGAUUGCCCAUGCUUCGACGACAGUGUGGCUUUCGCAGGCGUCAUGAUCGGGCUCGAAGUUGGCACCUGGCACGUGGGCAGGACCCAAUACGCCUGGACGCACAACGAGCCGUCGCUGCACUUCCAGGGGCUGGGCUGGCCUGGCGUCGUGACGCGCAUAGUCUUCGGCGUUGCUGUCAUCGUCGCCUGGCGAGAGGUCAUGAAGCCGACACUGCUCAAGACUCUACCCCACCUGUUUCGUGUUAUCGAAACCUCGGGCAUGUCGCUGCCUCGUCGCUUCUUUAUGCCUGCCAGCGAGUACAAGAACAUUCCGGAUCUGCUGCGUCUCAAGACCGAUAAUGUGCUGCCGAGCGUGAGCGAUCUGCCCAACUUCGUGCGCAGCAUACGCCACCCCGUCCGUGGGAGGAGCAUUUCUAUCGGCCCCCAGAGCGCCGCCGACGCAUACGAGACCUUAGCGUAUCGGGAGCGAAGGAGGAGGGAAAGCGUUGGCAGCAACGGCAGCGUCAGGAGUAAGUCUAGCAUUAAGGAUCUACGUGAGAAGGCAAACGGCUCCGCGGUCGUAGGCGAUGACCCAGCGGGAUGGAGCACGGGAUCGGGAGCGCAGCACAGCCCUUUCGCAGAGUACGAGCAGAUGAUGGGUCAGGGUAAGGUCUACGUGAACGCCAACCGGUCGCCGAGCCCGGACGGCGUCGCGCCCGACGAGCCGGACCUGUACAUCGUGUCGCAGGACGAGCUCGGCGAGAAGGAGAUGUUCCAGAAGCUAGUGAAGCCGAGAGUACGAUACGAUGUGGAAGUUGUGACGAAGCUGGUCGUCUACACUGGCAUUGGAUGGCUCGCUGUCGAGAUCAUACCAGUCAUUUUUGAAUUUGUUGGCCUAGGCGUUUCGCACCUACAACCUGCAUAG